UUCACACACCAUAUUGUCUUCAAGUGAUGUCAUCCAAAGGUCGAGUGGUCGCCGGAACCGAUGGAAGCGACUUCGGUCACCGCCAGAGAGUGGCCUCACACUAUCAGAUCAGUGCACUGAAUAAAUCUCGGCUCAAGUUUUGCAUAUUUUUUCAUUACCUCCUGUUUGUGGUAAUGAUGUGUAAACUGUCGGACGACAUACUCGACAGACUGGAUAUCUUCAUACUAGAGCUUCAGGAGCUGUAUAUACCGAAGCCUCGGCUCUGGGAAUGGUUGUGGGCGUCGAGUGUUGUGUUAUCACUGUUUGGAUUGACAUCGUUUAAGAACAACAGUCUGUCUUCCAUCAGAUUCUAUGCAAUCAUGACAUUCGCGAUGUCUUUGUGUCCAAUUCUGUACGCUUUGGUCUACUAUUUCAACGACUUGUGGUCUUUCAUGGAAACCCGGGAUCUGUCGAAAGUGAAGGAACAGUGGAAUGGAUAUCCAGUGGCACUCAUUUGGUAUACAUUUCUUGUGGUCGCCCUUCAGAUCCAUUUCUUCCAAUUGUAUUUCUCAAUCAAACUGUGGUUCGCGUGGAAUGUGAAGAAAGUGAAC